GUUGCUAGUAUUUUCCAGUUAGCCUUUCCCAUCUCAUAGCAAACGCUUGGCUCUUGCUGGGAGUAUGAGAAAAGUGAGGCUUGCCUGCAGCCGAGCCUUUAGAAGGGGAAAGCUGCGGGGAGCAUCUUCUGGUGAAAAUGCACAGAUGCUUCCUAAAGAGACUCAGAAGGAGAAGGAGAAGGAGAAGGAGAAGGAGAAAUCUAAGGGGAUAGAGAAAAUGAAAAAUGUUGCAGUCAAAGUGCUGAAGAAUUUGUCCCCUAAGAAGGAGGAAACUGAAGAGAUGCUUGUGGACAAAGAGUCUGGUGGGAGGCAGUAUCUCUCAGGUCAAGCCAUUUGUGAAUUGAUAGAUCAAGCAAAAUUUCUUGAAGCUUGUAAUCACAUUUAUGAUCUGGAACAAUCUCAACACAAGACCAAAAUGAAGAUUGAUUCACUUUACAAAAAAAUAGCAGAAAAAAUGUGGUCAGUUGUGCAAGAAGCUAUCAGUGGAGGUGAUAAUAUAUUACUCGAACCACUGAAAUCAGUAGGUGCAUCACUGAAGUGGGAGAAAGAGAAAGAAAAAGAAUGGUUUGACAGUGGCAAAGACAUGGAAUCUGUUUCAACUUGGAGUCCCAAAUACUGGAAUAGAGAUCUGGAGAAACUGCUAAUGGAGUGCAUAGCAACACAAAUUCCCUCCUUUGUGUCAGCUAGCAACAUAGAUGAGCCUGCAUUUAAAGAUCAUCUGAGUCAGUUGGAAAGCAACAUUUUCCCCAACCUGAGAUGCAAAAGAGACUUCUUCAAAGAAGCAGAAUUGCUAACGACCUACACAAAAUGUUGUAAUGCCUGUUUGUUGUCUCACUUUUCCACACUUACAGACGGUAAUCUGAGCUUCAGCAAAUGUCUUCUCAUUUAUGAAUGGGGCUUUAAUAUGUACAGAAGUGGCAGCGUGAUGCUGCUCUUAGCUGAUGCAUGUUAUCUCAAGUGGAUUUUUUCAGAUAUGGAGAAAAAGCUGCUCACAGUCACCCAGAAGGAAGUAAGAGAAGCACUCAGAGAAGUCGUUAACGCAGGGAGAAAACCUUACACAGACACUACAAUCAUUCAGGUGUUAACAGGGAGGUCAGAGGCAGUCCAGCAUAUCAGUGACACCAUAAGAGACAAGGUGGAAGCAGGAUGUUUGGAAGAACUUCUGCAGUUUCUGUGUAGUUAUAAAAAUGAAACAAGAAGCCUUCUCCAAGUUGACACUUUUUCUGUGAUGUGCAGCAAUUUGCAAAUACUUGAGAACUGCUGCAUUUUCAGAGCUGCUUGGUAUAAGCUUACCUACAUCUACAGCGCUAGUGCUGAAACUGACACUAAGGUGAAGGAAUUUAUAGAUGGGACAGAAGAACAGAGUAGAAAACUUUUUCUGCAGGCAAUUGCUUCUGAAGCCAAGGUGGUACUGAAGAAUCACUUCAGAAAAGAUUAUAGUGAUUUGAACACAUUUCUCAACUUUUUACAGUUAAGUUUUUCAAGGUUUGAGAUGAAAAAUACACAGACCUAUGAGACUCUCAUCCAGGCUGCCUAUCAGAGUAUUGUCACUGAGUACAUGCAGGCUCUCCUAACUAUUUCUGGGAAGUCAUCUUCUGCGAAGCGGAGGAAUAUUGCCAACAAAAUUAAAGCAGAUCACAGGGCAAUGCGAACACUAUUUGAAGAAAACUUUGGCCCUAGGACUGUUUCACUGGAUGAUCCUAUUGAAAGAACCAUAGAUUUUAUUGGACUUACUGACAUUGAAGCAAUGAAAUUACAAAUUGUGCUUCUUCUCCACAAGUGUCCAGAUCUAAGGAAAGAGCAUCUGAAUAUAAUCCUGGACAUCAAAGGAACUCUCAGUUGGACAGAAAGAAAUACUUUGUUGGCAGUGGUUUACGAAAAUUGUGUGGGAAUUGAAAAAGAAACAGACAUAAAGACUGAAAAAUAUGGAAACUGUGUCUGUUGCUGCUGCUUUUAAGAAAGACCUAACAUGGAAAGUCAGAGGCCACCCUCCUUGCGUGUGUGAUGAAGGGUCCAUCAUCAGCUGGCAACAUCUAAGAUCAUAGCAUACUUGAAAGUUACUUGGAAUGGCAAACAGCAUUUGUCUGCUGGAAACAGCCUGCAGGCCAUGCAAGGAGGCGUACCAGAGUGUUUCAAGAUAAGAAGAUCACAUAAAUCCAAACCUUGAUUCCCUGCAGAAAGUUCAACUGGCAGGGGGAAUGAAUAUGGUUUGGUGCAGUAGAAGCCUCCUGCUAGAUUCUUGCUUAGCUGGGCAACGACUGCUGAGGAGAGCAGUGGACAGAGCCACAUCUUGCUUCUGUAGGGAACUAGGUCACUGUCAUGGGGCUGGUGCGCCCCACGCCUCUUGGGGGUCAAUAUGUCCCAGCGGCCAAGUCUCUAAUGCCCCUUGUCGGGGGUGUAAGGGUGUGGUGGGCUAAGGGGGCCUGGCCCUCCCUCUCCACCAGGUCCCAGCCCAGGGUCCUAUCAGUAGUGGGUGGUUCCCACCACUGGCUCAGCAGGGAGUUCUUUCUGAAAUGUGCCGAGCCCUCCGGGGCACCUUCUGCUCCCUGCCCUGGGCUGCUUCCUACCCUGUCCCUCUGGCCGGCGUAGGCUCCACCUCUGUCUGCAGAUCUCGCUGCGGUAGCGGUGUGGGCAGGCCUGGCAGCACUGUCUGGUCCGGCGUCUGAUGCAGCAUUGGCAUCUGGUGAGGUAGCGACAAUGGGCGCGGUGGCAGCUAGUGUGGCGGUUGGCGUGGUGGCUGAUGUCGGCGCGGUGGUUGUGGCUGUAGCUCUGGCUGGGGCGGUACUUCGGGCUCUGAAAGCCAGGGCAGCUGCUACUGUUCUCCAGCAGGACCUCCUUCCCCUUUGGAGGUCAGCCCCAACUGAGCUGCUUCUCUGGCCUUUAUACCAGGCCUGCAGUUGGAGCAUGCCCAGCAAGGCCACGGGGGAGAGGCCUUCUCAGCUCAGCAAGCCUAGUUAGCCUCCCAUCAGCCAAUGCGGAGCUGAGACGCCUCGUCAGUCACCAAGCCCCACCAUUCCCCCUAGACCUCCCACAAUGCUCCUUUCCACAGUGCUGCACAGAGAGCCACUAUGUACCACGGCUCCGUGGCAUGCAGAGUUGCAGAACCCUUCUGGUGAAUGGUUGCCACCUUGCAUCCUGCUCAGCAGAAAGAUGGCAUUUCCACAAUAUUUGGGGCCUUGCGUGUCCACAGAGGAGAAGCAGGAUGUCACACUUAGCUUUUGUGUCCCUCUCAGUUGUUUACAUGGAAAGGCACAUUAGAAGAAUAGAAUUUACAUUAAUCCCUAGUAUAGCCUCUCCCAUUGCAAUGGAUUGUGGACACAGUGUAAACAGUAUCUUAGUUUUAUAACUGGCGUCAGAGCUGAGUUUGUCUUUCCAUCCAUAUAACUCAGUUUACUGAAAAUUUCCCCUGCUGUAAAAGUCUAAUUUUUAAUGGUUUUUUUGCUGUAGAAGUCUCAUGUUCAGUCGACAGUUUAAAUAGCUGUUUCCUCUAAUCCUCUGAGGUGGUGUGAACUGCUGUUGGGAUCUAACAGAUGAGGAGUACAGUAUGGGAAAACAAUAGUCCUUUCUUUUGCCCUUGUAUGGGCUGGUGUCAGUCUCAGAGCUGAUUUUGGUUCAAAGCCUUAUUUGCUAUUGUGUUAAAAUAGGUCACUGCCACUCUGCUGCUCUCUGACAAAGGUAAACCAAUUAGCAGUGCAGAAAAGAACUGCUGUAUCAGACACUCUCCACCGACUGUAGGCAGCCAGCAAUGACAGCUUCCUCAAACAUGGCCUUUCCCCCCUGUUUUUGGCAGUUCAUUGUGCUUGUGAUUAAUUAGGAAUGGAGCAAGAGAAGCAAGUUGAGUUUUGUGCAUAUGAAACACUUGUAAUCAAGCUACCCUGUGAGAUGUUUGGGGGAAAGUCCCCUAAAUCCAGGGUGUGUCACUACAAAAUUAUGAACACUCAUCUGUGUUCUUUGCUGGGUGGAAAGCUCAUUUCUUCAAUGAACUAGCUUUUAAAGGCCAGAUUUACAGAGUGCUUUCCGUACUCCCUGGGAAAAGUGCCUCAUUCUGUAAGCGGUCUCAAAUAGUUGUUUUAAAUUUAGUUUAAUCAAUUAAUUGACUAGUUGAUGGAAAUUCCAUUGAUUAGUUGAUUAGUCAAUAAGUGGGGGAGCCACAGCGGGGUUACUUCCUGGUGGUGGGAGCUAGCCCCACAGCGGCUCUGCCUUUUAAAUAUACUAAGAGCUGGCAGGCUCUUUAUACAUUUAAAAGGCUAGUAUGCAGUGGGGGGACCUGGCGCGAGCCGGGAUAGCUGGUUCCUGGCUUGUGCCAAGACCCAGACGCUGUGCCUCCACUUUUUAAAGGUAUUAAGAACCUGCCGGCCGGUGUCCAGCCAGGUCAUGCUGGGAAUCAGCUGUCCCAGCUGUCCCAGCUCCCCCCACCCCUGCGCUUCUGCUUUUUCAAUGUACUAAGAGCCAGCAGGCUCUUUAAAAAGCAGAGGUGCAGCAUCUGGGACUUGGUUUGAGCCGGGACAGCUGAUUCCCAGCUUGUGCCUGGUGCCCACUAUCCCCCUGCUUUGCCUGCCCCCUGUGGAGACAGUGCUG